UGCCAACUUUUAAGGAGGAGAAAAUCCCUCUCUCACUCUGUCUCUCUUUCCUUCCUUCUGUAACUCUUCUGCUUUCUCUCCCUCUGAGGUUUUCUCCCUCCCUCCCUACAUUUUUCCCCGGCAGAGAGAGAGACUCCCAUGGACCCUCUGGCUCCGCUGCUGUCGUCAGUAACUUGGAGCGCUCUGGGAACUUUGUGAACUUCCCCGUCUGUGCCUCUGUCUGUUCCGGAGUAGGAGAGAGAGAGGAGGGGAGGAAGAGAAGGGGAGCUGUAGUUGAUGGGACGCAGAAAGCAGCCCUCUGGAGACCUCGGAACCAGGACCAGCUACAACCAACCGGCCAGGACCUCCAGCUGGUGAUACCUCCCCAGGGACAGGCCACCAUGAUGGGCCAGCGUCUCAACCACCUCUCCCUCCUGGGGCUACUCUUCCUACUCCUGGACCUGGAUGUGAGUCAUGGCUCCGCUGCUCCUGCUGAGGACGAGGAUUACUACAUGCAGGAGUUACUCACCAGGGACCACUACUACCACGUGGCACCUGAGGAGGAGAUAGUACCACCUGUUCCCCCCUUCGAAGGGGCCCGGGGGACCGACAGGAACAAACGUCCCCCCAGCCAGAAGGAGACGACCGACAGGAACAAGCGUCCCCCCAGCCAGGAGACGACCGACAGGAACAAGCAUCCCCCCAGCCAGAAGGAGACGACCGACAGGAACAAGCGUCCCCCCAGCCAGAAGGAGACGACCGACAGGAACAAGCGUCCCCCCAGCCAGAAGGAGACGACCGGCAAGGCAGAGAACGUCAGAGAAACAGACAAGACCAGGGCCACUGAAAGCAAGUCAGAAUGCCCUCCCAUGGGACUGGAGACCCUGAAGAUAGACGACUUUCAGCUCCAUGCCUCCACGAUGAGACGUUAUGGGCUGGGAGCACACAGAGGACGACUCAACAUACAGGCUGGCCUGUUUGAUGAUGACCUGUAUGAUGGAGCCUGGUGUGCUGGGAGGAACGACCCUCUGCAGUGGUUGGAGGUGGACGCCAGGAGGCUGACCAAGUUCACAGGGGUCAUCACACAGGGAAGAAGCUCUCUCUGGUCGAGUGACUGGGUGACGUCAUAUAAGGUCCUUGUGAGCAACGACAGUCACACCUGGGUCACCCUGAAGAACGGAUCACAAGACCUGAUCUUCAUUGGUAACAAGGAGAAAGAGAUCCCUGUGUUGAACACGUUUCCUGUGCCUGUAGUGGCUCGGUACAUCAGAGUCAACCCUCGCUCCUGGUUCUACAGUGGCAGCAUCUGUAUGAGAGUGGAGAUCCUGGGAUGUCCCAUGCCAGACUCUCAGAAUUAUUACCACAGACGGAAUGAGAUCACAACAACAGACAACCUGGACUUCAAACAUCACAGCUACAAAGAGAUGAGGCAU